UUCUGAGUCAACAGUGGUUUUCAAUUGCUCGGUGUUGAUAUCUUUUCCCUUCAUGUCAUUGUAAUCAUUGUGUGUCUGGCUCAACUUCUGUUUAUUUUCUGAUGUAGCACCAAAUACCACUUUUCCAGAGGAAGAUGUUCAAGGGGAGGACGGAUGAAUGAGCCAUUAUCAAGGAGGCUGCAAUGGGAACUCCUACACUGGGUAGGAACUUGGGCUAAGCCUUAGGAUCAUAAGCUCUAAAACUGGCAGUGAGCUUGGAGGUCGUCCAGCCCCCAACACUACAUCUUACAGAAAAAAAAAUUCAGUCCCAGUGAGGUCAUCCCAUCAUGCGAUCACAGAUUUAAAGAUUGGAAAAGACUUGAGAGAUUAUCCACUCUAGAAGUUCCUUAACUGAGAAAAGCAUCCAUAGGUAUCACCAGACUGUCCAGAGGAUUCUAGGACACAAACAAGGUGAAGAACCUAUGACUAGUUUAAUAUUCUCAUUUUAUGGAUGAGGAAAUUGGGACCAGAGAUGUUAGAUGAUUUGCCUAAGAUUACACAGCUGGAUCAAUCCAAGCGAACCGAGCCGGAGAGGACGGCUCCCACAUUGGCCAACCUGCAGUUCUCAGACUUUGUGAGCAUGCUUCAAAACAGGGAGGGGGGAGAGGCGUUGGCUUCGGUGGGACUUUUGUCUCCUCCCCCUCCUUACGUCCUCUAGUUACUGGGGCUGCCCGCAAGCCUUCGCUCAGUCAUUUUUGCGCUUCUUGGGAUCCGUUAGCCAGUGCCGUCCACUCAGCUCCGCGGGGUCCCCUCAGCAUGCCGGACAGUGAAGAGAACCUCAAGAAGAAAGCCCUGGAUGGAAGUUUGGGGCAGAAUCCAGAAGGCUUCGAACCCAGGUUUUUGAACAGACUUCCUCCAAGACAGGCUCGAAAGCUCAGUUUGAUUCCACCGCUUCUGAAAGAAUUAAGACAGGAUGUUCAGAGAAGCAUCCUGCCUGACCAACAGCACCUCUCCAAAGAGUCCCUCAACAAUGCCUUGGAGAACCUGUACCUGCAGAGGGCAGAGGAGAAGGAGGAAGUCUCUACAGAGUCCCUGUGGACUACAUCAGCUGAUGGAUUGGUCAAGAUACGGAUGGAUCAUACCUGCUCACAGACCCCAAAGACUGUGCACCAGGUAUUCCUAGAAAGUCUGGAGAAAUAUGGAAACCUGAAUGCCUUGAGCAGCAAGCGGGACGGGAAAUGGGAGAGGAUCACCUACUCUCAGUACUAUCUUCUCUCCCGAAAAGCUGCCAAAGGCUUUUUGAAGCUCGGCCUGGAGCGUGUUCACAGCGUUGCCAUCCUAGGAUUCAAUUCGGCCGAGUGGUUCAUCUCUGCCGUGGGCACGGUCUUCGCUGGGGGCAUCCUCACAGGAAUCUACACAACCAGCUCCCCCGAGGCUUGCCAAUACAUUGCCCACGACUGUAAAGCCAACAUUAUCCUGGUGGAUUCCCAGAAACAGCUGGAAAAGAUACUGAAGAUCUGGAAGAACUUGCCGUACUUGAAGGCUGUUGUGAUGUACAGAGAGACCCCAGCAGAGAGAAUUCCAAACGUAUAUACGAUGGAAGACUUCCUAGAGAUAGGCAAUGAGGUUCCUGAUGCCGCCCUGGAUGCCAUCCUGAACUCCCAAAAACCCAACCAGUGCUGCGUGCUCGUCUACACGUCGGGGACCACCGGCAACCCCAAAGGCGUGAUGCUGAGUCAGGACAAUAUCACUUGGACAGCCAAGUUUGGCAGCCGGGCCGGGGACAUCCAGCCCGCUGAGAUUCAGCAGGAGGUGGUGGUGAGCUACCUGCCCCUCAGCCACAUCGCCGCCCAGAUGUACGAUCUCUGGACAGGGAUUCAGUGGGGGGCCAACAUCUGCUUUGCUGAGCCUGAUGCCCUGAAGACAAGCCUGGUGACCACCCUGAGGGAGGUGGAGCCCACGGCCCACAUGGGAGUGCCCAGGGUGUGGGAGAAGAUCAUGGAGGGGAUCAAGGAGGCCUCGGCCCAGGCCGGAUUCUUCAAGAGGAAGAUGUUCCUGUGGGCCAUGGCCGUGACCAUGGAACGCAACCUCAGCUGCCCAAGCAGUGACCUGAAGCCUUUCACCAUGAGGCUGGCCGAUUACCUGGUCCUGGCCAAGAUCCGCAAGGCCCUGGGCUUUGCCAACUGCCAGAAGAACUUCUACGGGGCGGCCCCGAUGACCACAGAGACGCUGCACUUCUUCCUGGGCCUCAACAUCCGCCUCUAUGCCGGCUACGGGCUGAGCGAGUCCUCCGGCCCCCACUUCAUGUCCAACUCCUACAACUACAGACUUUACAGCUCCGGAAAGGUGUUGCCCGGCUGCAAGGCGAAGCUGGUGAAUGUCGACGCUGAAGGCAACGGGGAGCUCUGUCUGUGGGGCCGGACCAUUUUUAUGGGCUAUCUCAACAUGGAGGAGAAGACCAGGGAGACCAUAGAUGAGGACGGCUGGCUACACACAGGAGACAUGGGGAAGCUGGACAAUGAAGGCUUUCUCUACAUCACCGGGAGGCUCAAAGAGUUAAUCAUAACAGCUGGAGGGGAGAAUGUGCCCCCGCUCCCCAUUGAGGAGGCCGUGAAGAUGGAAUUGCCCAUCGUUAGCAACGCCAUGUUAAUUGGGGACCAGAGGAAAUUUCUGUCCAUGUUGCUGACCCUGAAGUGUACCCUAGAUCCAGAAACCUCAGAUCCCACGGAUUAUCUCACGGACCAAGCCCUGGAGUUCUGCCAGAAGGUCGGGAGCAAGGCCACCAAAGCGUCCGAGAUAGUGGGCAGGAGAGAUGAGGCCAUUUACCAGGCAAUCGAGGAAGGGAUCCGGAGAGUCAACGAGAAAGCCGCUGCCCAACCUUACCGCAUCCAGAAGUGGGCCCUCCUGGAAAGGGAUUUCUCCAUCUCCGGGGGAGAGUUUGGUCCCACAAUGAAACUGAAGCGCUUAGCAGUUCUCGAAAAGUACAAAGAAGAAAUCGAAUCAUUUUACAAAGAACCAAACAAUUAAUCUGGGCUCUUAUUCUAGUCUGCUGAACAGAUGCUGGGGAUUCUUCUCCCGAGAAUCAGGCUAUCUUAAAACAGGGGCACAAAAAGAAUCCCCAAGGAAUCUGUCACAACUCCAGGAGGGAUGGCGUCCGGGCUAGCCACGGCCGUCAGCCUCUGCUCUGCGGCUGGACACCCCGAAGGGCCGGCUUUCACUUGUAGAUAAGUAGUUUGAAUGCUGUACUAUUCUGUGUUACACGUAACAAACGCACCCGCCAUAACACCCCUUUCCUGAUAAUCCCCCGGCUCUAAUUCCCGUUAGACUUGAUGAGCUACAAAUCAACACAGCAGAGAGAGGAAAGGCAGGUUAUGGAAGCGACUCACGACUAACAUGGGCAAUGGCAGGGAGCGUAGACUUGCUUAACCGCCAAGGAGAACGGCUUUCCAUCCACUCCCGAUCCGAAAGUGCCAGUCCCCAAGGACCGGCGUCGCCCUGGUUAUGGUGCUUCCCUAGGACCUAGCGCUUAAUGAAGCUGCCGACGUCUCCUUCCUAAUGGCCAUAAUCAAAUCAAUGUACAAUUUGAACACUAAACAAAGCUUUCAAGGGGACUGAGUAUCUGAAUACAUUCACAGAUGGUGAAGAACAACCAAUCUAACCUUUCUAGCCCUUGCGCGGCUCCUCCAUGUUUCUAAAAGGAUUAUUGGCCAGAUAGAAAUGUCAUUCGUUUUCAAAACUAUUGACUCUACACUUUGGAGAUCUGAAAAAUUGUGCAAAAAGCACCAAAGCACAGGGAGACCCACUGAUUGGUUCAGCACAGAUAGCUAGUGUAGAAUAUAUAAACAGAACACAUAAAAAGCACGGUUUGGUUACCUGGUUGGGAUCUCGAUGUUGGCACUGACAGAAAUUAAGCAGAUAUUAGGAACAAGCUGGGCCCAAAGAAUUCAAAUGCUAGAAAAACAAACCCUCUUCACAGGGAACACGUGAGACAAAUCAUACGUGUAUUUAACCAGUUUUUAAAAUCUUUAUUACUUCGCUGUUUGAACCCAACAGGCACUCUCACAGCUGGCACAAUCCAACACAAACACAGAAGCAGCAGGAUAAAUAAAAGUACAUCACAAGCGAGCUGAAGCCCUCAUCAUGAGAGGGAGGAAGCCCCUUUCCACAGCGGGGCUGAGACACUCAGACACAAUCACUCUGACUGAGGGUACGCUAGCAAGUAGCUGCCAUCUUGCUCCCACAGGUUCACGGUGCUGAGAGAGGAAUUGGUCAACUAUAAGCCCCAAGCUACACUACGGGACCAAAGUAAAAUGCAGCAUUCGCCUAACAGGGGAACUUAAUGUUAGAUGACGGAAAAAUUGCUGCUCCCAAGCCCUAAAGCCCUCAGGAAGCUUAAUUGUGAUCUUUAACAGCCAGUGAAUGUGACAAUCCAGCCUGCAGCCAGGCAACAAAGUUCUUUGUGUCAUUUGUUUGGGGAAGGAAAUAACCGGAUGUUCCCUGCAGGAGAAUGAAGAGAAGCUCCAACAUGAGUGAAGCUCUUGGGCUCCUAAAUGCAGCCUGAGAGCUGCCUCCCGGACGCCCUCACAGCAUGAGCAGGACCCUCUCCGGCCGGGACAGUUCCCUUACUAGCAGGGUCACAGAUACGGACACAUACACAUCCAAUACAGCGAUAGCUUUGGGGCAAGGAUGUUCAGCUACUUAGUUCCACUACGCAGAAAGCUUUGCUCACUUAAAAUGUACAAUAAACAUCUGAUUCAGCAA